GUUGGGUUUCAACCUUAUUGGUUGACAUAUGACUUCCCACCUGAAGUCAGGGAAAAGCUUAAACAUCAGUGGGGAUCAGACUGGAAGGGUCAAGCACAUAAGUGGUUUCUUCUUAAAUUCACUGGGAAGGAUGAAGAAAUCAAUCUGUUGGGUGAUGGGACUGAGAAAGCUGAGUUUGGCAAGUGGUCAUGGAUAUCUCCAGAACAAAUAGUUGAGCUUGCAGUGGAUUUUAAUAAGCCUGUUUACAGGGAAGUUAUGACAGUUUUUGCUCCAUAUCUUCAGUAAACUUAAGUUAUAGCAUUCACUAUUUGGUUGCUUCCAGAUGGGCAGUCCUUCAAUUAACCGAAUGAGAUGAUUCAAAAUAGGAAAAUGACUCAAUGAGCC